AUGAAGAAAUCCGGCCUCUUCGCUGCCUCUGUCGCCGCCGCAUCCGCCACCGCCGUCUCCGUUUCAUCCUCCACAAACAACUCUCAUCAUCAGGGCGGUACGGCUGAGAGAAGAGGUCGCGAUGAGGUUUCCUCGUCGGAGAAAUUUGCGCCGCGAUUCGAUGGGUUGCGUUUCAUAGAAACGCUGAUAACUGCUCAUAGAUGA